UAAUAUCGUCCCACCAAUUCAUUCACAGAUCUACACACAAAAAAUCCAAAUAUCAUCAUCUUCAAUUAUUCAUAUAUUCUCUAAUUUAUUCAUAUAUAAUUUAGUUUUGUAUAUCUAUCGAUUGAUUAGGUUAUGGAGAUGGAACGUGUUACGGAGUUUCCGAUGACUCAAUUUGAUCUUCGACCGAGAAAACGACACCGUUUGGGCUGGGAUGUUCUCCCUACUCCUCCGAAGGCUCAGGUAGGAUUGUUUUUUGGACAAGAGAUUGGAAAUGUUACAAGCUUUGCACCUUCUCGGGCACCUUCAGACCAUAUUAGUUCACCCCUUGUUAAGCGUCCCCGAAACGCUUCUCCACCGUGGCGACAAGAUGAUAAAGAUGGACAUUAUGUGUUUGCAAUUGGAGAUAAUUUAACUCCUCGAUAUAAGAUUCAUGGAAAAAUGGGAGAAGGUACAUUCGGCCAAGUUUUGGAAUGUUGGGACAAGGAAAGAAAGGAAAUGGUUGCCAUUAAAAUUGUUCGUGGCAUAAAGAAAUAUCGUGAGGCAGCAAUGAUAGAGAUUGAUGUGUUACAACAGCUUGGUAAACAUGACAAGGGCGGCAAUCGUUGUGUGCAAUUAAGGAACUGGUUUGACUAUCGUAACCAUAUCUGUAUUGUCUUUGAGAAGCUUGGACCAAGCUUAUAUGAUUUUCUUCGCAAAAACAAUUAUCGUUCAUUUCCAAUUGACCUAGUUCGGGAGAUUGGCAGACAACUCUUGGAAUGUAUUGCAUUUAUGCAUGAUUUGCGGCUGAUACAUACUGAUCUGAAGCCUGAAAACAUUCUUCUGGUGUCCCCCGAGUAUGUGAAAGUGCCUGAUUACAAGGGUUCAUCAAGAUCACCAAAGGAUAAUUCUUAUUCAAAAAGGGUUCCAAAAUCUAGUGCAAUUAAGGUGAUUGACUUUGGUAGUACUACAUAUGAUCGUCAAGAUCAAAGCUACAUCGUGUCUACCCGACAUUAUCGUGCUCCAGAAGUUAUUUUAGGUCUUGGAUGGAGCUAUCCAUGUGAUAUUUGGAGUGUUGGUUGCAUUCUGGUGGAGCUUUGCUCGGGUGAAGCCUUGUUCCAAACACAUGAAAAUUUGGAACAUCUUGCAAUGAUGGAGCGUGUCCUUGGCCAGUUGCCUAUGCAUAUGCUGAAGAAAGCAGAUCGACAUGCGGAAAAAUAUGUUAGAAAAGGUAGGUUGGACUGGCCUGAAGGUGCUGCCUCAAGAGAUAGUAUAAAGGCUGUUACCAAGUUACCUCGGCUGCAGAACCUGAUUAUGCAGCAUGUUGAUCAUUCCGCUGGUGAUCUAAUUCAUUUAUUGCAAGGACUUUUAAAGUAUGAUCCUUCGGAGAGGCUCACAGCCCGGGCAGCUCUAAGGCAUCCUUUCUUUACCAGGGAUCAUUUUAGACGAUUCUAGGUGAAUUUGUGGAAGUUCUAACAGCUUAACGUGGGUCAAGGGGAAAGAGAUGUGAUAAGCACCAAUGGUGGCGGGUGCUAUCGUUGUAUAUAGUUUUAUCAUUCAAAAUUGUGCUCAGAGAAAUUGCCCUGGCCUUCCAAUAAUAGGCGCUAUUAUCCACCACAUCUGUCCAUGACCCCGACAUAUGUACAAACCCUGGAGACUUUUAAUUUUGGAUAGCUGGUGUGUUGUUGUCAUCUUCUAUGAUAUUAAAUAGUUCAUUUGAAAGUCGUUUAGUUACA